AAAAUCAAAAUCCAAUGUGGCAAUUUCCUAUAUAAUGGGCACAUUCACACAUCUAUAUGAAGUAGCUACUCAUAGGAGACACACAUACACUCCAACUAAAAAAAAAAAAAGAUGGAUGUUGAGAAAAUCUUUCACAUGAAAGGUGGACACAAUAAUACUAGCUACUCCAAAAAUUCCUCUCUUCAGAAAAAAGCCUCAGAUAUGGUGAAACACAUAACAAUGGAAACAAUUCAAGAAGUAUACUUAAGCACAACUCCAGAAAUCCUAACUAUAGCAGAUUUGGGGUGUUCUUGUGGCCCAAACUCAUUAUCAAUGAUCAGAGAUUUGUAUCAUGCAGUGGAUGAUGCUUAUAAGAAAACACUAAUAAACAGCUCAAAAUCACCCAUUAAUAAUAAUAAUAAGCUCUCAUCAGUUUCAGUUUACCUUAAUGAUCUCCCAACUAAUGACUUCAACUCUAUAUUCAGGGCUUUACCAGAUUUCUUGAAAGAAGUUGUUAGUAAAGAAGAUGAUGGUAUUAAAAGUAGCUGUUUGACUCAUCAGGGGUAUUUUCGUCCAUCUUUAUUCGUUGCUGCUUCUCCUGGUUCAUUUUAUACCUCUAUUUUCCCUACCAAUUUCUUGCACUUCGUUUACUCUUCCUACAGUUUGCACUGGCUUUCCAAGAUUCCACCUGGGAUUUAUGAUGAGCAUGGGAAGUCCAUGAACAAAGGUUGCAUCUACAUUUGUGAAAGUAGUCCUCCAACAAUUACCUUAGCGUAUGCUCAACAAUUUAGAGAGGAUUUCUCGCGAUUUCUGCGGCUCCGAUCUCAAGAAAUAACCAAAGGAGGAAGAAUGGUGUUAGUCUUUCUUGGAAGAGAGUGUUGUGAUCACAUUGAUAGAGGCAACUCUUUUCUUUGGCAGCUUCUAGCUCGAUCUUUCGCCAUUUUAGUUUCCAAGGGACAAGUUGAAGAGGAAAAGCUGAAUUCAUAUGAUGUUCACUUUUAUGCACCCUCCAAAGAAGAAAUAGAAGAGGGUGUGAGAAAAGAGGGGUCUUUUAAAUUGGUUCGUCUGGAAAUGUUCCAAAUAGACAGAGAAGAAGAAAUUAAUGGUAUUAGUUAUGGAAGAGCCGUCGCUAGUACAGUUAGAGCUAUCCAAGAAUCAAUGAUCAGCCAUCAUUUUGGUGAACACAUUCUUGAUUCUUUGUUUAGUACGUAUGCCAAAGUGGUGGAUGAAGAAAUGUCUAAGCAAGAUAUUAGGCCUAUUACUUUUCUUCUCGUACUUAGUAAAAUAUGAUAGUAAUUAAUCAACAAGCAGUGAUAUUUUUGUAUGAAUUAUGAUUCUAGUAAAUAUGAUUGUGUCUUUUUUUAAACUUAA